UGAUUCUCCCUUGCCCGUGACUUCGCGUGUGUGUUUUGUAAAGUUCCUUGAGUCCGACUCGGUCGGCGUGUCGCAGCAUCUCACCAACACGGUCUUCGUCGACAGAGCCCUGAUAGUUGUUCCUUUCGCUGAAGUGCGGCCCGUAUUAACCCGCCCAGCUGGACAUCCAGCCAGUCCUGUUUCUCGAACGCGCCCUUUUUUACCUGUCUGUAUGUUUGUCUGUCUGUGGAAGCACUGUUGACACGGUGUUGGCGGGUGUGCUAGGGCCCCUCCCAGGAGAAGGGGGCGCUAUUUGCAGUCUCUCUCUGUUGUCCUCCAUUUUAGGACUAGGCUUUUGCUGACCUGUCAGGUGGCUUUCACACUCUUUGUUGGCCGGAUGUUUUUUUUCCUGAACCUGAGUUCAUUAGUCCUCUAAAUUUGGUAUUUGAUUGAUGUUCGAAAAUGUUGGUCAAAGCUUUUGUUUGAACUUGAGAAGUCCCACCGGACCUAAUUUGUACUAGGUGGUCUCGGGUUGGUCAGAUGAAACUGCAGUCUGGUGAAGAAACGGUCUGCUCGAGUCCUGUGGGUGACCUCAGCAGCUAGCGCACGCCCAGCGGUGUGGAAGCGUGAGAACGUCACACCGUCACUGCCAUCUUAACCUAUGCACUUGUAAGUCGCUUUGGAUUAAAAGCGUCUGCCAAAUGACUAAAAUGUAAAUGUAAAUCUUCCAGCAGCGAUGAGCACCUUGGCGUUCGGUCUCCAGCAAACAAAGUAGAUGUGAAAGUGGCCUAGCGCAAGGUGUUCUGGGAUAUGUAGUUCUCUGAAGGAGCUGGGAGUGGAGGCCUGGCCUUGUAGUGUCACUGCUGGAGGUUUACUGUACUGAAGGUGUGUAAACUCCCCUGCCAGGUGUCAGGUAAGGGCGCCCCCUCCCUCCAGUCCUGUAGGAGACCCGGAACAUCCCCAGCAAAAGCCCAGAGAGAGGAGUGUGUUUUAUUACUAUGGUGUGUGUGUGUGUGUGUGUGUGUGUGUGUGUGUGUGUGUGUGUGUGUGUGUGUGUGUGUGAGUGUGUGAGUGAGCUUGGCAGUGGAGAUUGAGAGAGUAUGAGUGUCCAUUAUGGGUGUAUUUUCUGGUAAGUUCAACAAUUCAUAAUAAAAGUAUCUCUUGCUGUUGUCCCCCUGCAAAUCAUGAACUCUUGUGUUUGUGUAUCUUGAUCUUUCUGUGUGCUUUAGCGACGCGGCGUUCAUAGCCCCUCUUAUGACAGUGGUCUGCCCCAGGAGAGCCUGCAGUGCUCGCUAGCACUUUGGUUCAUGACUUAAAAAACAAGGACAGGCGCCAUCCCAGAUGAGACCAAGGCGCUGUCUCUCCUCGCUCCCGCCAACGCUGUGGCCGGCCUGCUGCCGGGGGGCGGUCUGCUGCCCACGCCCAACCCACUGGCAUCGAUGGGGGGCAUGCCGCUUGCUGCUCUGGGGCCCAGUCUGGACCCUGCUCUGGCAGCACUGGGGAUGCCCGGAUCCAACAUGACCCCUCAGUCUCUGGCUGCUGACCAGCUCCUGAAGUUCAUGAGUUCUGUGGACCCAAAGCUGAAUCAUGUGACCAGCGGGCUGAACCUCAGUCCUGGGCUGAAGGAGAAUAAGGAGAUGGAGGCGGCCAUGAAGCGUGUGCGCGAGGCCCAGUCCCUCAUCUCCGCCGCCAUCGAGCCCGGGAAUAAGAAGGACUCAAAGAGAAAGCACUCGCGUUCCCGUUCGCGGUCGAGAUCCCGACGCAGACGGUCACGAUCCCGCUCCAGACACAGGCGCUCCCGGUCGCGGUCCAGACGGCGGUCCAAGAGCCCCCGGCGGAGACGGUCCCGGUCCAAAGAGAGGGGUCGAGGGUCACGCUCCAAAGAGAGGGGUCGAGGGUCACGCUCCAAAGACAGAGGUCGAGGGUCACGCUCCAAAGACAGAGGUCGAGGGUCACGCUCCAAAGACAGAGGUCGAGGGUCACGCUCCAAAGAGAGGGGUCGAGGAUCCGACAGCAAGUCCAGGGACAGAAAGAAGGAGGAGAAGGAGAAGAAGCGCUCCAGAACCCCGCCCAAGAGCUACAGCGCCACCCGCAGGUCACGCAGCAUAAGCAGGAGGCGCAGGAGGAGUCGCAGUGCCAGCAGGCCGUCCAGGUCGCCCUCCCCCAGGAGGCACAAAAAGGAGAAGAAGAAGGAGCGGGAGCGGCAGCGGGACGAGAGAGAGAGAGAGCGAGAGCGCUCCCCCGGCAAGAAGAAGAACAGAGACAAGGAGAGGGAGAGAGAGAAGAAGUCUGACGACAAAGAAAAGCGCCCCAAAUCCAGCCAGCUGCAGGCUGACACUCACAAAGCUGAAGUCAAUCAGGUGACCAGAGACUAUGACGAAGAGGAGCAGGGGUACGACAGCGAGAAGGAGAGGGAGGAGCAGAGAGACUCUGACUCCGCCCCCUCGCCCCCGCCCCCGCCAGAGAAGCGUGGCGGAGACAAUGUGAAGGGGUCAAAGGUCAACGGAGACGACCACCACGAGGAGGACAUGGACAUGAGUGACUGAGCGGACCCCGCCCGCCAGCGGUGUCCUCGGGUGUUUUUUCUUUUCUUUAGUUUUGUCGUUUCUGUUUUUUUUACACGAGCAGCAGGACUGUUUGCCUGUGAGUGAGUUAUACUUCUCUUUACCGUCUCAAACCAACAGCCCUGCCACGCCCUGACGUUUCCCACACAAACCUGCGUACUGUGUGCCCGUCAAUCCCCCGCCCUCACACCUCUCCCCUCCGCACUGACACGUCUCUCUCUCUCUCCCCUCCGCACUGACACGUCUCUCUCUCUCUCCCCUCCGCACUGACACGUCUCUCUCUCUCUCCGCACUGACACGUCUCUCUCUCUCUCUCUCCCCUCCGCACUGACACGUCUCUCUCUCUCUCCCCUCCGCACUGACACGUCUCUCUCUCUCUCUCCCCUCCGCACUGACACGUCUCUCUCUCUCUCCCCUCCGCACUGACACGUCUCUCUCUCUCCGCACUGACACGUCUCUCUCUCUCUCUCUCCCCUCCGCACUGACACGUCUCUCUCUCUCUCCCCUCUGCACUGACACGUCUCUCUCUCUCUCCCCUCCGCACUGACACGUCUCUCUCUCUCUCUCUCCCCUCUGCACUGACACGUCUCUCUCUCUCUCCCCUCCGCACUGACACGUCUCUCUCUCUCUCUCUCUCCCCUCCGCACUGACACGUCUCUCUCUCUCUCCCCUCUGCACUGACACGUCUCUCUCUCCUCCGCACUGACACGUCUCUCUCUCUCUCUCUCCCCUCCGCACUGACACGUCUCUCUCUCUCUCUCUCUCCCCUCCGCACUGACACGUCUCUCUCUCUCCCCUCCGCACUGACACAUCUCUCCUGUGAUAUUUGUAAAUGAACACAACAUAAAUAAACGUUACAUGAAGGUGAGGUUCUUAA